AUGUCAGAUUCACCAUCACAGCCCUCAAUGUCAGAGAAGAAAACAGCCGUUUCCGACUCAGCCCUCGAGCCAGUUGAAUCCGUCCUCGAGGGCCAGGGCGAACAACAUGGCACAACUCAAAGAGGCCUCAAGUCACGCCAUGCCCAGAUGAUUGCCCUCGGCGGCACCAUUGGCACAGGUCUCUUCGUCGGCAUCGGCCAGGCCCUACACAUGGGCGGCCCCCUCUUCGUCCUCAUCGCCUACAUCUGCAUCACCCUCCUCCUUUACGGUGUCGCCACCGCCACAGGCGAAAUGUCCUCCUACCUCCCCGUGCCCGGCUCCUCCGUCGCCUACUACGGCAACCGCUUCUUCUCCCGCUCCCUGGGCUUCACCCUCGGCUGGGUCUACUGGUACAUCUUCUCCAUCACCGUCCCCGCCGAGAUCACCGCGACCUACAUCGUCUACGGCGAGGCCGAGUUCUGGUUCGCGAGCAUCAAGGUCUUCGGCAUCAUCGGCCUCCUCAUGCUCUCAGUCGUCCUCUUCUUCGGCGGCGGGCCGUCCCACCAGCCGCUCUGGUUCUCCAACUGGUCCGACCCGGGGCCCGUCAAGGAGUACAUCGUCUCCGGCAACUCGGGCCGCCUCGUCGCCUUCCUCGCCACAAUCACCUUCUCCGUCUACGCCUUCGCCUUCGCGCCCGAGCUCCUCGUCGUCACGGGCGGCGAGAUGGACAGCCCCCGCCGCAACAUCCCCACCGCCACGCGCCGCUACUUCUACCGCCUCAUCACCUUCUACAUCCUCGGCGCCCUCGCCGUCGGCAUCAUCGUGAACUCGGAGAACCCCAGCCUCCUCAGCGGCGGCAAGGGCGCCGGCGCCUCCCCCUGGGCCAUCGGCAUCCGCGACGCCGGCAUCCGCGGCCUCGACUCCGUCGUCAACGUCGUCAUCGUCCUCUCCGCCUGGUCCGCCGGCAACUCCUACCUCUACCUCGCCAGCCGCGCCCUGUAUUCAAUGGCCCUCGCCGGCAACGCCCCGCGCGUCUUCACGCGCUGCACAAAGUCCGGCGUGCCGUACUACGCCACCGCCGCGAGCGCCUCCCUCUCGCUGCUCGCGUACCUCAAUGUGGCGUCGACGGGUGCCACCGUGUUCAACUGGUUCGUCAACCUCAUCAACACCGGCGCCUACCAGAGCUGGAUCUGCUGCUGCGUCGUCUACCUGCGCUACCGCAAAGCCGCGGACGCGCAGGGCGUCGCAGACGCGCCCUUCCGCUCGCGGCUCCAGCCGUACUCGAGCAUCGUCAGCAUCUGCGGGUUUGGGCUGCUGCUCGUGGUGAACGGGUUCAAGGUGUUUCUGGACGGACAGUGGGACACCUCGUCGUUCCUGACGUCGUACAUUGGCGUUGCCAUCUUCUUUGCGCUGUACUUUGGGCACAAGUUCACCGUGGGCAGGGGCGAUGCGUGGGUGCGGGAUCCGAUGGACGUGGAUCUGGUGAGCGGGUUGGACGAGGUUCUGGCGCAGGAGACGCCUGCGCCGCCGAGGACGAAGUGGCAUCAGAAAUGGAGGGUGUUGUUUGAGUAG